UUGAUCAGAACCCCGAUACAAUAACGCUUUGAGAGAGGGCAGGGAUGUUGACGUUUCUCGGGCGGAGUGAUACUUCUGCACUGUUUCCGUUUCCCUGUUUAAACAGUGGAAGAGCACCUGGCCUCACCUGUCUGGAACUUUGUUUCCGCUUGCGGGAAACGGCAAAACUGGCGACUUUUAAACGAAGUUACGGAUUGUCUCAGUGAUGUGACCGGAUUUAAAAACAGAGAAAUGCGAACAAAGGACUUUUAGGAGCUGGUAACAACAGAUUCUCAGCAGUGCAGCUGGUAUUGACUGGAAGUAAAGAAACACCAAGAAUGGCUGACCUAAUCAACAACACAAGUGAGGAGCUGGCAUUUUCACCUGCUGCUUCAACUGCAGAGCCACAAACACCAGUAAGUAAAAAGCCACAAGAACACAACGGCUUGGAGGACAAAAGAAAGCUUACAGAUGAUGAGGAGGAGGAAGAAGAAGAAGAAGAUGAUGAUGCGACCAGCUCUGCUUUUCUGGAGCCAAGCACUUUACCGUGGUCGGCAGGCAGAAACAGCAGAGCCCUUACAGAGCAGGAUGAGGGAAUCUCGUCAGAAAAAGGAGGAUCAGAGCUUGACGAGAGGGACACGGGAAUCAGCAGAGGGAGCCAGGACCUGUCAGAGGAGCAGAGCCAGGAAGAGAGCGAUGUGAAGAGCAAGACCAAAUGGAGGGAGAGCAUGCCUGAGGGGGAGAGGUGGAGGGACGAUGAGAUUAAGGUGAAGCAGGGUGAUAAAGAGGACGGCUCCCUCGCAGAUGAUGAGGAUGAGGAAGAGGAAGACGAAGGGGGAUUAACAUGGGUCUCGGAAAAAUCAUCUCCAGGUUUCACGCCACAAGUCACGAUUUUGAAUCACUCCACGAAAGAGGUUCCCGAGGUGAGCAGGCCACUCGGAGAGAAGGAGGUGGAGCCGGAGAUGGAGCACGACUCCGUUGUAGAGUUUUACCCGGAGUGGACAGCCAAUGACGACAAGUACUACCUGUGUGAGCAUAUCUGCAAGGAGAAACUGAGGGUGGUUUUGGCGAUGGUAGCUGCAGCAAUACUUUUCCCCUUCCUGGUGUGGGGUGGUUACGCCCUAAUACCUUUUGAUUCGCCAAAGCUUGAAAGCGCCCCCCUCAGGGUGGUGUACACACUGCGCUGCGCCUUUUUUGCCAGCGUGCCCAUCCUGCUCGGCGUGGUGGUGCAGGGCCUCGCCCGGCUGCGUUACAGCGCGGUCAGGCCCCUCGUUCAGAGUAACCUGUUGAACAUACAAGUGGCCGUGCACUGGCACUACGUCAAUGAAUCGCUCGGCCUCUUCCUCUUCUACUUCCUGCAGCUUGCUGUCAUGGCAACCUACAUCAGCCAGGACCUCAUCAAACUGGUGCCGCUGCUCACCAUCGUGUUUGUUUUUGGCAGGCUGAUCUACUGGCUCUGUCUCUCCCUGGGCAGCAGCGCCAGAGGCUUCGGCUUCGGCUUCUCCUUCUUCCCCAUACUGGUCAUGCUGGGCACCAACCUCUACUUCGUGUGCUCGUCGAUGGGACAAGACGGCGUCUUUGACGUGGCGCCGCCCACCUCGGCUCCUCCACCCAGGCAGCGCUGGUGGGGUUAAAAGGGCGUGGAGCAGAAAGAGACAAUGAAACCUGUAAUAUAAUACUUGGAGUAUAACGAUACAGUUUUUACUCACAGACAGCUCGUUCUGUCCUGGUGGGUCCAAGUUUUAAUAAAGAAGUCAUCUGCUGAUGAAUUAAA